ACCUCUGUGCGCGUCAGGGCGGCGGGGCGGGCGGACCGGAGCGGGGCGGGAUGGCUCUCUCUUUCCCCCCGGUGUGUGCGGAGUUGGUGUUAGUGCUGGGGGACCUUCACAUCCCGCACCGGUGCAGUGCUCUGCCCGUGAAGUUCAAGGAGCUGCUGGUUCCAGGAAGGAUUCAGCACAUCCUGUGUACGGGAAACCUCUGCACCAAGGAGAGCUAUGACUACCUCAGGACGCUGGCUGGGGACAUCCACAUCGUUAGGGGGGACUCGGAGAGCCUGAAUUAUCCUGAAAAGAAGGUUGUAACCGUUGGGCAGUUCAGAAUCGGGCUGAUUCAUGGCCAUCAAGUGAUUCCCUGGGGUGAUGCAGCCAGUCUGGCACUGCUGCAGAGGCAGCUGGAUGUGGACAUUCUCAUCUCGGGACACACACACAGGUUUGAAGCAUUUGAAUAUGAAAAAAAAUUCUACAUCAACCCAGGAUCAGCUACAGGAGCCUACAGUGCUUUGGAAAGGUGAGUGAGGAGAGCCCUGAGCUGCCCAGCACAGCAGAGCCUGUGGGUGUUACCUGAAAUGAGUGUGUCUCACCACUGUGCUGCAGAGCACUGGCGAGGU